CCCGUAUUUUCCGACGGAUCUCGACUAUCAGCUGGUUUAUAUCUCCGUACGAAAUCGCAGGUCACCAGGAUGGAGGUACCGGAACCAUCAUCGAUGAUAGAUCUGCGGGUAAGGAGGCGAGCGUGCCUCAGCUGCACUAGCGCCAAGGUCAAAUGCACUUCUGCUUCGUUGGGCGCAGAAUCAUGCGCAAGAUGUGAGAGAUUAGGCAAAGGAUGCGUCUAUGCAGAUCCUUCUUCUGAGGCAAAAAGAAAUCGGAGAGAGGUCUCAUCUGCGAAGAGACUCGAGGAGAAGGUGGACAUGUUGUCCACGCAAAUAGCUACUUUAACGCAAGACAUCCGUUCGACCUCAUUUCAAGGACCACGAUGUAAUCGCCCUACUGAGAUUCUUCAUUCCAGCUCUUCAUCCUUACACGACCGAAUAAGUGGAAGCCACUUUGCAUCUUCCGGAUUCCUGCCCAGAUCCAGAGAUGUUCAUAAUGAUAUCUUGACCGACGUUGUCCAACAUGAUCUAGGAGGCCUGGCUGCUGCGGAUCUUCGACUGGAGACUUUCCGACAAGGUUUCGUCCACUACUUCCCAUUUGUGGUUGUUCCUCCCACAGUCAGCCCAGAAGCUCUGCGAUGCGCCAAUCCAUUCCUUUUCUUGUGUAUUAUGGCGGUCACUUCUUUUGAGGAUACCAUGCUACAGCGCAGACUAGGACUGGAGAUCAAAAAGCAAAUUUGCGAUCGCUUAGUGAUGGGUCAUGAAGCAAGUAUAGAUCUUUUACAAGGUCUUUUGGUAUUCGUAGCUUGGUAUCAAUACUUCUGUGUGCCUGGGAAGCAUCAAUACUUCCUCAUGGUACAGCUCUGCGUUAGCAUGUGCCAUGAGUUGAGACUGGACUUGAAUGAGAAGGGAAAGAGAGGUCUAGAGGAGGCUGAAACUCAAGGGAAAACGCGAGAUCCGGCAGAGAUGAGAGCUCUCCUCGGAACAUAUUGUUUAUCAUCUAUGUUAUCAAUGGCGUUGAGAAAACGGACGCUUAUGCACUACACAUCGUAUAUGGAGAAUUGUUGCACAUAUCUCUCAGGACUGCGGGACGUUCCCAGCGAUCAAUUGAUAAUGCCAUUUGUGGAAAUCCAGGUCCUUCAGAGGAAGAUUAGUGACGCUUUCUGCUACUACGAUAUAUCUGCUUGCGCCAUAAGAGGGGAGCGCGCACUGCAGAUCACCGUUGAUUCAUUCUCCCGUGAAAUUGAUGGACUUAAGAAAAGCAUUGGUUUAACAAACAGAAAUGUUAUUCUGGUCCAAAAUCUUCGCUUCCUAGAAGUCUGGAAUCAUGAGGUUGCGCUCUAUAACGAACUUUGGCAAAGCACUUUCGUGUCUGACCGACUCGCUCCACUAGAGACUAACCACUCAAUUCAGCUCUCAAUGCAGCGAACUAAUAUGCUGUGGCAGCUCGUCGCAGCAACUGUCUCAUUUCAUGAUUGGUGUCUGUCAGUUGAGAAUGCCGAGCUACUUCAUUUUCCACUGUCUUGGUGGACAGAACUUUCUUACGUCUUUAUCGUUCAAGUCAAGACUGUUUUCCUCGACUGUGGGGCUGGUACCAUGGGACAAGAACAGAUAAAUCUACGGGGACAUGGCCAAGCAGAAUCGCUAGAAGCUGACUUCAGAAGAGUUGCUGCAAAGGAAGUCAUGAUACCUCGUAUGCUGGAUUUGUAUAUGGGGAAAUUGGCCGAAGUCACCACACAGCUUGUUGAUGAUGACGGCAUUAGGGACAUGGCAUAUAAUUAUGGGAUUGUACUCAAAAGCAUACAAUCUGGGUAUGAAAGCCGAAUCGGAGCUGAGAAUAGACUUGCUCCAGGGCAAUUUGAAACGCAGCAAAAACAGUCAUCCCUUUCACAGAUGUCGCAUCCGCAAGUCAGGAUUACAGAUAUACAAGGAUCAAUGCCGCCAGCACUCAACACAAGUCAUGUGGAGCUAGAAAUAGAUAACCCGCGCGUUUCUUCUGCAAGUCAACUAGACCUGCAAUUUGAUUUGGCCGGACCUGUGUUUGACGACUUUGUGUGGGACACGAUGAUGAAUGAUUUCUCAUUCCUCAUGCCCCAAAAUGGAUCUUCUUUUUGAUUUACCACCGAGGUUGGCUCACCAGCUUUUAAUUAUCAUCAAAGCUAUAUCGAUACACUGGUUUUUGAUACAGCACAUUAUGGGAGAGUCAGACCACUUCCCUGCAGGUGUGGCCCUGAUGGAAAAUCAGACGACUGGUGCAGUUAUUUACAAGCCUUACAGUAAUAUAUUCGGGGCUGAAGACGUAGUUGGGUGUUGCCUCACUUGCGAUAACGAAGUUUAUUUCACUAAAAAUGGGAACGCGAUGAAGGCCAAAGCAGGAAAACUGUACCCUGUUAUAGGUAUGCGAAGUCGCGGCGCUUGCAUUCAAGUAAAUUUCGGCCAUUUGCAUUUCCACUAUAAUGUCGCCUUGAUCUAAGGGGAUACCAUUUUACUAGAGGAAGCCUGCUAUCAUCGGAAAGGAUGUUAAUUAACAGGUGCGACAUGGGUUGCCUAAUUGACUAUGCCCUAGAUCUUUAAGGCAGAAUCACUUUCUAGGUUUUACGUUUAGAUGGCGAUAUGCUAGGUGUGAAUGUGGGACGCGGGUACCAUGACCCAGAUUUUUAAAUCAGUUAAACAAUGGUGGGGCCACAUGGAGAUUCGUAUUUCAAACUCCAUUCAAUUCUAAACUUUCCAAGUGUAGGCAAGGUUAGCAGUCGUGCCCGAAGGAGAACAACGAAUGAGGUGCAGAUUGGCGAGUAGACAGAGCUAGCAUGCCCGCGAGAUGUUUGAACGUUGUCGGUUUUGGAGAUUUUGAUAAGGAACCAAGCUCCUAAAAUCACGUGAGCUUCAUAAAUAUAGUGUCUGCC